AUGGAUGGUCUUCCGAAAGUCACAGUUCUACCGAAGGAAAUAAUGGUAAUAUUAGGCCAUUCACUAAAUGUAUCCUGCAUUCUGGAAGGGUCUCCACUCAUUACGAGAAUUACCUGGUUCAAGAACGAUGAAGAGGCCAACAAUACACUAUCUAUCCCAACGGUUAAGCAGCUUGACAAAGGGCGAUAUACUUGUAUGGCAACAACUCGCGUUGGCAAAGCAUUUGAUGAAGCUGAAGUGUUCGUCGUAGAAGACAUUAACGAAUGCGAUGAAGAACAGCAAUGUGAAUAUCAAUGUGAAAACAUUUCCGGAUCGUACAAUUGCAUUUGUCCACGAGGAUACGAGUUGGACAACAAUCGAAAAUGUUUUGACAUAAAUGAAUGCGAUGUUGUAUCAUGCGCCAACGGUCAGAUGUGUCUCAAUACGCUGGGAGACUUCCACUGCAUCCCAAAUCCAUGUCCUGAAAACUAUUCUCUUUCACAGAACACCGACUGCAUUCCUAAAUGCAAGUCGUGCUCGGUUCAACCAAUUAACAUUCGGCAGAUUUCACUUCAUAAAGGAUAUCGUACAGACAAUGGAAUCGGAAAAGUGACUGUCUACGACCGGUCAGGUAGUGUUUUGGAGGACACAGUAUUCGCAAUAUCAGAUACGGAGAGCGGGCUAAAACUCGGUAGUACGAAAUCUGGUCCGUUCUCGAUUCGUUCGCGACGCGGUGAGGCAGUUGUCUACACGUCUUCUCGUGAGCUACCACCUGGAUCCAUCUAUUACCUACGAGUUCGAGCUCGUUCUCACUCAAGCAACCAUGCAGACUCUCACUUUAUGCUUAUAAUUUCGACAGGAAUGUAUCCAUUUUAA